CGCCAGGGAGGGAGAGGGGACAUUCUCCCGUGAAGUAGAAUUUACAUUCUUCAACACGGUAUUUCAGUUGAGGAUCAAAUUCUAGGGUUUUUGCCGGUAAUCGUCGCUUUAUAUAUCCAAUUUCUACACGAUCAGAACCAGACGAAAUCGAUUAGGAAGAGAGAUGUCGUUUGAUUUGCUGCUGAAGCCGUCGUGCAGCGGCUGCGGAUCGUCCAAGGAUCUAUACGGAAGCAACUGCAAGCACUUGACUCUCUGCUUGUCAUGCGGCAAAACAAUGGCCGAGAACCAUGCUAAAUGCUACGAGUGUGGCGCCACCAUCACCCGAUUGAUUCGGGAAUACAAUGUUCGGGCAUGUUCUAGCAACGACAAGAACUACUUCAUUGGUAGGUUUGUGACAGGUCUACCAAGUUUUUCAAAGAAGCAGAGUGCUGAGAAUAAGUGGUCUAUCCAGAAAGAAGGACUUCAGGGUCGUCAAGUGACUGAUGCUUUGCGGGAGAAGUACAAGAAUAAACCUUGGCUAUUGGAGGAUGAAACUGGCCAAUUUCAGUACCAUGGUCAGCUUGAGGGUGCACAAUCAGCAACCUACUACCUACUAAUGCUGCAGGGAAAGGAGUUUGCUGCUAUUCCUGCAGGCUCUUGGUAUAACUUCAAUAAAGUUGCACAAUAUAAGCAACUUACCUUGGAGGAAGCAGAAGAGAAAAUGAAGAACAGAAGGAAAACUGCAGAUGGGUAUCAAAGAUGGAUGAUGAAAGCAGCAAACAAUGGAGCUGCUGCAUUUGGUGAAGUUGAGAAGUUUGAUGAUAAGGAGAGCGGAGCUGGUGGUGGAAGGGGACGUAGGAAAACCAGUGGUGAUGAGGAGGAGAACAAUGCUUCAGAUAGGGGAGAGGAAGACGAAGAAGAGGAGGAGGCGAGGAAAAGUAGACUUGGACUGAACAAAAGAAGUGGCGAUGAUGACGAAGAAGGUCCAAGAGGAGGUGACCUUGAUAUGGAUGAUGAUGAUGCUGAGAAGGGUGACGAUUGGGAGCAUGAAGAAAUUUUCACCGAUGAUGAUGAAGCUGUUGCUAUUGAUCCUGAGGAACGAGAAGACUUAGCCCCUGAAAUCCCAGCACCUCCGGAAAUUAAGCAGGAUGAAGAGGAUGCAGAGGAUGAGGACAACAAUGAGGAUGAGGUGAAACCGUCGAAAGAAGAAAUUGCACUUACUUCGAAAAGUAGCGUGCGCUGCAUGCUUACAAAAGUUGCAGCACAAUCAUCUUCGAAAACUACGUCCACUGCAUCAUGUGCUGGACCUUUCACAGAACAUGAAAUCUGGGCAGUCUUAAUGCGAAAGACUCCUGUGACCACGCGGGACCUUGUUGCUAAAUUUAAAUCCAGAUUGAAAAGAAAAAGAGGUAAGUGUUGGUUUUUUCAUGUUUUGUUGGGGCCUUCAUCCUUGUUAACUUAUAUUUUUUUACCAGGCAUCACACAUGUUAAACUUUGUUAUGACGCAUUCAAUCUAUUUUGAAAUCUCUUUUUUCUAACCUCAAAACCCAAGUUGUAUGAGAAAGUUAAUUAGCCUGGAGAACAUGAUCACUUCGGGUGGAGAUGAAGUAAAAGUACUUCCUAUCUGACUUUAGCUUGUUGACGUAGUCUAAUCCUUCUUGGUAAUUGUUUUCAAAGAGAUUAUUGGGUUACCAGUGUAGAAGGCUGAAACCGAAAGCAGAUCUCAUGAACGAUCCAUUUUUAAUCAAAGAUGAUGUGCCUUUCUUAGAAGCAUGGUAUUCUCUGAGCAUUCUUUCCAGCAGUUUCUUGUUGAAGCUGAUGGAGUUCUUUUAUGCAGGAUAAGGAUGCUUUUGCAGCUCUACUGAGGAGAAUUUCCAGAAUACGGAAAACCAAUGGGCCUAACUACGUUGUUUUGAGAGAUAAAUGACUUUGUGCUGAUGCUGCAAAGCUAUUUUGCUCUUCAAAUCUUCUGCUUUGCCUGGCACCUGCUGCAUACUGGUAAAACCGCUUACCGAAGGUGGUUGAGGCUUUCUUCCUCUACAGAAAUUCAUAGCCAAGAAACACUGUAGGAAAUGAUAUUCCUCUACUGCCCCUGCCCCUGCCCUUGCCCCCGUCACUGCGAUGAAAAUAGAUGAAGUAAAAAGAGAGGCAACAAGAAAAUAUUUUCUGCAAACCCUAUGCUUUGACAUUUUUGAACUCGUAAUUCUAUGUUGUUACAUACCGUAACAGAUUGAUGGUACUGUUUACCGGUUGUGUUUUCUCUAGCUUGGGAAUACCCAAUAUUGAUAGUGGCUUAUCCUUGUGUGCAGCACCAUGUUCAUAUUUUUUCGAAAAACCAAUUCUCUAUCAAUCUGUGCUUAUAACCAGUCAUAAGGAAAAUAUAAUUAUCUACGUCAAUGUAAUGUUAUGCACUAUUUUAAUUUUUUCUUUCUUUCUAUUCAAUUAUGCGAUUAUAUAUUUGCGUAAAUUUCACCGAUGGUACCCCUGAGGUUUGUCUUAAUGAUGGAUACCUCCUUAUGAGAAAUAACAAUGAGCCGCUUGUGG